AUGGAUGCCGUUACAGCGUUGGCCCAAUUCUAUGAUCCUCCUUUCAGGUGUUUCACUUUUAAGGACUUUCAGUUUGCCCCAACGUUGGAGGAGUUCAAACGAAUAAUGGGAUAUCCGAUGAAGGGGAGCAAACCUUACCAAUACAUGGAACACUAUCCCUCACUGAAAACAAUUGUUGAAACAUUUGAUAUCCCUAUAAAGGAAAUAGAAGAUAAUAGAACCAACAAAGAUAAUUUGAUUGGAUUCGCAAUAAAAUAUCUUGAAGAGAAAGCAGUAAAAUUAGCAAGAGAUGGAAAAUCAGACACUUUCAUGGCUGUGCUCGCCUUAAUUGCAUAUGAAAUUGUUUUGUUUCCAAGUAUUAAGGACUUUGUGGAUUUUACGGCGAUAGACAUCUUUUUGGCUUACAAGCAUAGAGGGGAGAACCCAAUACCGACAAUUUUGGCUGACAUUUACUACACGCUCGACUUCCUUCAUCAGAAAGAGGGGGGCCUAAUCUGUUGUUGCUCGCCAGUACUCUAUGUUUGGUUUGUCAAACAUAUUUUCCAAGACAUGCAUCAAUUAAGAACUAAGAGCAAAAAGGAAUGGGCCAACAUUCUAGCAAAUCUCAAUGAAAGAAGAGUUCAGUGGUACUCCUGGAGUCAAGAUUUAAAUGAAGUGAUUUGUAAAUGCGAUGUCUUUGUUGAUGUUCCCCUCAUGGGAACCAAAGGGUGUAUAAAUUAUAGUCUCUAUGUGGCAUUGAGACAACUGGGUUAUCUUAUGACAAAACCUUCGAUAAUGGAUGUAACAAAAUCUUUUGUCAUUCGUUGA